AUGAAAGGAAAGGAAAUGAAAGGAAAGGAAAAACAGGAAACCAAAGGAAAAACAGGAAACCAAAGGACCAAAAGGAAACCAAAGGACCAAAAGGAAACCAAAGGACCAAAAGGAAACCAAAGGACCAAAAGGAAACCAAAGGACCAAAAGGAAACCAAAGGACCAAAAGGAAACCAAAGGACCAAAAGGAAACCAAAGGACCAAAAGGAAACCAAAGGACCAAAAGGAAACCAAAGGACCAAAAGGAAACCAAAGGACCAAAAGGAAACCAAAGGACCAAAAGGAAACCAAAGGACCAACAGGAAACCAAAGGACCAACAGGAAACCAAAGGACCAACAGGAAACCAAAGGACCAACAGGAAACCAAAGGACCAACAGGAAACCAAAGGACCAACAGGAAACCAAAGGACCAACAGGAAACCAAAGGACCAACAGGAAACCAAAGGACCAACAGGAAACCAAAGGACCAACAGGAAACCAAAGGACCAACAGGAAACCAAAGGACCAACAGGAAACCAAAGGACCAAAAGGAAACCAAAGGACCAAAAGGAAACCAAAGGACCAAAAGGAAACCAAAGGACAAAAAAGAAACCAAAGGACAAAAAAGAAACCAAAGGACAAAAAAGAAACCAAAGGACAAAAAAGAAACCAAAGGACAAAAAAGAAACCAAAGGACAAAAAAGAAACCAAAGGACAAAAAGAAACGAAAGGGAAAAGAAAGAAAGGUAG